CAUCUAUUCCAUGAUAAAGAAAGAGGCAACAACAUUGCAUGGAGGAAGCUUAAGGAACCCAGGCAUCCAGUCUCUCACCCCCUCUCACCUCCCCAAGCUCAAGGAUCUUCCCAAGAACACAUACUUAAGAGACCCAAGCUCCUGGAAGCUCCAACCUUUAUCUCUUCACCUUGAAGUCUCCUUUCUGAGGAAUACUGCUCUUUGCCUUCUAGGUCUUGGUCACGUCUGGGAUCCAGGCAUCUUGCUUUCCAGCCACCCAAAGGCAGUUCAAGAUGCAGAAAGGAAACAUUCUUCUUAAGUACUGGUUAUUAUUGCAUCUCCUACUUUUAGAACAUGGUGGGACCAGGUCAGCCAUCAACGCUGAAUCCAACACAGCCUCUGGUGGUAUCAAUACAGCCUUCAGUACUGGAUCCAGUGAAAUCCCUGGGUUGUCCAGCACAACUUCCAGUACUGGAUUCAGCACACCUGCCAACAAUGAAUCCAGCAUGACCUCCAGUGGGACCAACACAGCCUCCAGUACUGGAUCAAGUGUGACUCCCAAUGGGAUUAGCACACCUGCCAACACUAACUCCAGCAUAACCUCCAGUGGGACCAGCAUAGCCUCCAACACUGGGUCCAGUGUGACCUUCAUUGGAACCAGCACAACCUCUAACACUGGAUCCAGUGGGACCUCCAGUGGAACCAGCACAACCUUCAAUUCAACAACUGGAGGGAAGCCCAGUGGGUUCCUGAAGCCAUGGGAAAUCUUCCUUAUCACUCUGGUCUCAGCUGUAGUGGCCGUGGGAUUCUUUGUUGGGCUCUUCUUCUGUGUGAGAAACUCCCUGUGUCUGAGAGAAGUCUUUGACACAACUGUCUACCACCCCCAUUGCUCCCAUAUUGGCCUGGGGCCCUGGAGGGAAUCACGGAGCCCACCACAGGCCUAGGUGGAGCUCUAACUAGUGUUGGAAGAGACCAGUAUCCUCAAUUGCCAUGGAGAUGAGAGGGAGAUACAACGGGCCCUGACCGGCCACUGAAGCCAGUGUCACAUUCUUCAUAGAGAAAGCUGACCUGGGGGAUUGGAGAUCGCAGUGUCCAUUCUUUCAUCCCCAAAAGUCCCCUCCAAACUUUGUUUGGGUCCAUGACAGCCUUGGGGAAGAUGCUUCCUCCCUCUCUCUUGCUUUUACCAGACAUUGGAAAGAGGACAAUCUAUUGAUCAUUUAGCGAAGAAAUAAACACAUUGAAAUAUA